CUUCCCGCCUUUCUGACCGGCGCUGGGGACUGGGGCAGCGAACAGAGUCAACUGAGCCGCAGCCGCGCUCCAGCACUCCCACCCCAACCAAACCUCGCCGUCGCCGGAGCUGCCACCGCCCACCGAAGACUACAGCAUGUCGCCGGCGACCUCCGCCGCCGCCGUUCCCACACCCGGUGUCCUCAUCCGCCAAUCCACGUCGACGCUGCGGCCCUUGCCCCCUGCCCGCCCUCGCCUCCUCAUCCUCCCCUCGGGGACCGCGAGGCCGCUCCGAGUCGCCACGGCCCCUCGUCGCCUCCCAGUCACCGCCCAGAGCGCCGCCAACCCAGCAGGUUACCUGCCUGAAUCGGAGUUCUACAAGGUCGAGGCCAUCCUCAGGCUGUGGAGAGUGCCGCACGUGUCCUCGGGCUUGUUGGAGAUGGGGAUCAGAGGUGUGACGGUGUCGGACGUCCGGGGAUUUGGGGCGCAGGGAGGGUCAACGGAACGCCAUGGAGGGUCAGAAUUUUCAGAAGACACGUUUAUUGCUAAAGUCAAAAUGGAAAUAGUGGUCUGCAAGGAGCAGGUGGAAGCAGUAAUCGACAAAAUAAUUGAAAAGGCAAGAACCGGAGAAAUUGGCGACGGGAAGAUAUUCUUGAUCCCGGUCUCGGAUGUGGUAAGAAUCCGCACCGGCGAACGUGGGAAGGAGGCUGAGAGGAUGACUGGUGGACUGUCCGAUAGGCUGUUGUCCUCUGUGGUAUCGAUUUCAUGAGCUCAACUGGCUGCCUGUGUCAAGUGCAUUUUCUCCUGCAAUGUCAUUGUAACCUUGCGCAAAAUAAAUUGAAAUGUGAUCCAUGCAAUGCAAGUGCCUCCCUGAACGUGCAUUGUGCACUGGGCUGAUCAAUAAAAUUUGCUGGAGUUGAUGUGAAUUCAGCUUUUGAUGUGUUUGUUUA